AGAGAGAGAGAGAGAUGGAGACUAUAGUUUCCUUGGCUGUGACGAAGCUGGCUGAUCUCUUAGCACAAGAAGUUGGGUUUCUCAAAGGAGUAGAUGAUGAGCUGAGAUCCCUUCAUGAUCUUCUCCAAUGGAUUGAAGCACUCCUUAAAGAUACCGAUAUUCACAGCAACAAAGAUGAUGAACGUGCUAAGCUUUGGGUGAACCAGGUACGAGAUCUUGCUCAUGACUCGAGGACAUCAUCGACGACUAUGUCUUCAAAAUGCAUAAACACAAGUCCAUCCGCGGUUACUUCUCUUCCCUUAAGAACAUUUGUUGUUCUUCCUUCAAAAUUAGUAAUCCUCCAUGAACUUCACAAUAAUAUUGGCAAGGUCAAGGGGAGAGCUCAGGAGAUCUAUAAUAAUCGUACGUUUGCCUAUGGGAGCAUUGGAGCAACUUCUUCAGAUCCAUUUGCCAAUAAAGAAAGACAACCACCACCAUUGAUGAGCAGGAGACCAAGUCCAGUUUUGGAGGAGGAGGUGGAUGUUCUGGGCUUUGAUGCGCAUUUCCAGUCAUUGGCAAGGAUGCUGAUUGGGGAUGAUGUGAAUCAGCUGAGGCGUGCUGUGGUAUCGAUCACUGGCAUGGGAGGUGCAGGCAAAACCACUCUCGCCAAGAAGAUCUUCUCUGACUCUGGCAUCAGGAGGCACUUUACCUGUCAUGCAUGGAUCUGGGUCUCACAAAAGUAUCGACCUCGAGAAGUAUUAGAGACCAUUGCUAAAGAUGUGAUUAGUAUGCCUAAGAAAGAAUCGAAAUACCGAAGCGAUAAGGAGUUGAAUCAGGAGGUUAUUAAGUACUUGAAAGAAAAGAAAUACUUGGUGAUCUUAGAUGAUGUAUGGAGCAAAAGAGCUUGGGAUAGCAUCAAAGAAGUGCUACCAGACAUGAUGAAUGGAAGUCGAGUGUUGUUAACCACUCGCAACCAGGAUGUAGCAUUGUAUGCAGAUAGGCAGAGCCCUCCCUACGAUCUCAGGUUCUUGGGAGAAGAAGAUAGCUGGAGGUUGUUUUGCAGAAAGGCAAUUCCAACAAAGUGCAGCAAUGAUUGUCCGCCAGACUUGGAAGAUAUAGGAAGAAAGAUGGUAGCGAAAUGUUGCGGUUUGCCGCUUGCCAUCAUUGUAUUGGGAGGGCUGGUGUUGACUAAACGGCAAUCAAAGGAGGAAUGGAAGAAGAUGCUAAAAAGCGCCAAUUGGCAACUCAGGCAGGGUGAAGAGCAGAUCUCAGAAAUGCUAGCUCUCAGCUACCAUCAUCUCCCUUACUAUAUCAAACCAUGCUUUCUCUACUUUAGCAUCUUCCCCAAGGGCUCUCUGAUCAGUGCCAAGAGGCUUAUGCGAAUAUGGAUUGCGGAGGGGUUUAUCCAACCCAGAGGCCAGGAAACAAUAUUGGAGGAAGUCGCAGAGGAUUACCUGGAGGAGUUGGUGCAUUGGAGUAUGAUUCAAGUGGUGGAGAGACAUGAUCAUGGCGGCAUCAAGAUUUGUCAAAUCCAUGAGCUUCUCCAUGACCUCUCAAUAUCUCUUGCCCAAGGUAUGAACUUCAUGCAUAUUUCUAGUAAUGACAAUGAGAAGAAUAUUUUACAUAAACCCCGUCGACUUGCUUUCCAUGAUGACAAGAGUACUAGUUUCAUUGCUCAAUUGAAGUCUACUGACUCCACUUCUCGUUUGCGCACUAUAACUUUGAUAAGCAUAUAUAAGAGGACCUCUGAAUUGGAGAAAUUCUUCCAUAAUAUUAAGUUGCUGAGAGUUAUAAAUAUUCAGGGUACAAGAAUCAAGUCAUUGCCGAAUGAUAUAGGAAAGUUAAUCCAUUUAAGGUACUUGGGUUUGCGUUGUACAGAUAUAAGAGAGCUGCCAUCCUCCAUCGGCAAACUCACUAAUCUGCAAACUCUUGACGUCAAAAAUUCCAUGUAUAUCAGUGAGCUACCAAGUCAAGUGUGGAAGAUGCAGCGCAAUCUAAGACAUUUGGAAGGCACUGGUUUUUCCAUCAAGGGACAACCAAGCACUGAGAGCCUGCCCAAUCUACAAACUCUGUCAAGUGCUAAAGGUGACACAUGGUUGGAGAAUGGUUUACAAAAGAUGACAAGUCUAAGAAAACUAGGAGUUCAUGGUGUCACUGGCACUUGUAAAGUGGCAUUGUUAGAUUGUCUUAGCAAACUAGACAAUCUCAAUAAAUUGGCAUGGAAAGCCGGGCAAGAUGGUAUGGUACCUAGCUCAAUACUCUCCACUAGUCAACACAAGAAUAAACUCCAAGUUCUUUAUUUGCAUGGCCGAUUGGAAGGGCUGCCAGAUGUUACUUGCAUGCCUGCGAGCCUCACCAAGUUGACCUUUGAAUUAACAAUGCUUCGAGAAGAUCCCCUAUUGAAGUUAGGGAAGCUAGAUAACCUUCAGGUUCUUAGAUUAAGACAUCAUGCUUUUGUUGGAAGGGAGAUGAUUUGUUCGGAGAAAGGAUUCCCUCAAUUGAAAGUGUUAGAACUGAAUUCCUUACUUGAAUUGAAGCUGUGGAGUAUAGAGGAUGAAGCCAUGCCAAAGCUUAGAGAACUGGAAAUAGAGACAUGUCCUCUGAGGAUGCUUCCCCAGGGCCUUCCAAAGGUUACCAGUCUACAAGAGUUAAAAGUGAUAGGCAUGAAUGAUAACUUCUGCAAAAGGUUGAGACCAAAUGAUGGUGAGGAUUGGGAAAAGAUCAAACACAUACCUUCAGUCGCCAUCAUACCUGCUCGUUCUGUUAAGAUGAGCCCGUUGUCUGGAAAAGUAACAGCGAGGAAGAGAUUUUCAAAAAACAUCGGAAUAAAAACUAUAUUUGGUUGAGAGAAUUAAAAAAAAAAAAACUUAGGGGUUAUUUGAUUAUUUGUAACUAGCUGUAAAUAGCUGUAAUAUAGCUACUUUUAUUUGUAAAAUGCUGAUUGGUUUC